AUGCUGAAGUUUUCUCCUCCGCCUAUACAGCUUCCACCGCAGCAAUCUACAGUUGCUAAUGGCUCGGCUGUACUUCACCAUCUCGAGAUUCCUCCGGUCAACGGACAAUCCGAUGUGCUCUCAGACACGAGCGCGACAGUGACCCCGGUAUCACAACAUUCACUUUCGUCCAUCCCAGAAUCUGCCGAAUCAGAGUCGUUCCCAAUACCUGAAUCGCUCACAAAGUCCGACGAAUCGAAGUCGCAAUCCACAGGAGUCACCGCGCCCUCCACUCGCCCGCCGUCGACAAGGGCUCCACCACCUCACCGCGACAAUUCAUUCCUGGUCUUCAACAAAUUCAUCCUCUACGAGAACAGGCUCAGGUUCUACAUCGUCGCGUCAAACACGUCGGACUCGCGGCACAAGAUCAUUAAGAUUGACCGCACGUCCCAGGACGAGCUCGAAGUGGUCGAAGAUGAGGCGGUGUACAGUGGUAAGCAGAUGAGCGCCAUGCUCAAGAUGCUGGAGGAUGGGAACAGAGGAUGUGGUGGUUUGGGGAAAGCGAGGGUACUCUUUGGCAUAGCUGGAUUCAUCAGGUUCACGUCGGGGUGGUAUAUGAUCGUGAUCUCGAAGCGCUCUGUGGUCGCCCUCCUCGGCGGGCACUACAUAUACCACUGCGAGGGCACAGACAUCAUACCUGUAUGCUUCAAUCACAAAGUGGACAAGCCUGCCGAGGAGCAGCGCCUCAUGAAUAUCUACAAGCAAGUCGACAUGUCCAAGAACUUUUACUUCAGCUACACCUACGACCUGACUUCGACUCUACAGCACAAUCUUACCAGGUUAGGAUUACCUGCACCGAGGGGCACGGUGUUCAACGACCGCUUCGCAUGGAACCACCACAUGCUGACUACCGCCUUCCAUGACGACAAGCCACCCUCUCUCAGAGCUCACUGGCUUCUCCCGUUACUUCACGGCCAUGUCGACCAGGCUAAGUUGACCGUCCUCGGCCGUGUUAUCUUUAUUACUUUGAUCGCACGCAGGUCCCGCCACCACGCAGGCGCUAGAUACCUCAAACGGGGGGUCAACGACGAGGGCAACGUUGCGAACGAAGUGGAGACAGAACAGAUCGUUUCCGAGACCUUGACCACACCGUUUUACUACCCCGCAACCCAAGGCUCGAAUGAGUAUCCUCGUGCAAGACGCCCGAGUCCGAAUUUCACGAGCUACGUGCAGUACCGCGGCAGCAUACCAAUAUACUGGACACAAGAAACCAACAGCAUGAGCCCUAGGCCGCCCAUCGAAAUCAGCGUGAUGGACCCCUUCUACACUGCCGCCUCGCGCCACUUCGACGACCUCUUCAGCAGAUACGGCACGCCCAUUAUGAUACUGAACCUGAUCAAGAAACGUGAGCCACAGCCGCGCGAGUCAAAGCUGCUGGACGAGUACACGCAGUGCGUACGCUACCUCAACCAGUUUCUUCCGUCGGACAAGAGGAUGGUAUACCGGGCAUGGGACAUGUCGCGCGCCUAUAAAGAGAAAACGCAGGACGUCAUCGGGUACUUGGAAGACAUCGCGGAAGAAUCUAUCCAAAUGACGGGUUUCUUCCACUCUGGGCCUGAACCCUACGCGCACGCCCUGCAAAACGAAGACGAUGGCACAGGCUUGCCAUGGCGGAACACUAUGUCACUGCAGAACGGCGUCUGCCGCACGAACUGUGUCGACUGUCUCGAUCGCACGAACGCGGCGCAGUUCGUGUUUGGCAAACGCGCAUUUGGCCACCAGUUGUAUGCGCUGGGCGUCGUGGAGACGCCGAAUUUGGCGUUCGACUCAGAUGCGGUUAAUAUGCUCACGGAGAUGUAUCAUGAUCAUGGCGAUAGUCUCGCGCUACAAUACACGGGCAGUGCCCUAGUGAAUAGGGUGGAAACAUACCGGCGGAUGCCCCAUUGGAACAGCCAUUCCCGAGACAUCAUCGAGAAUCUUCGUCGCUUCUAUGCUAAUUCACUCCUAGAUGCCGACAAGCAAACCUCCAUCAACCUCUUCCUUGGCGUGCAAUCCGAGCGGAUGACCCCUCGGCCACCGCAGCGGGGCAAGUACCAGCAGUGGUUCCGCGAUGAGCACCUGGAGCCCGCUUACGUGCUCGAGGAUUGCGAGCGGGGUAUCCAGCGCUACGUGAACACGCGCGGGGACUACUGGAUCGAGUAUUACCGUCCGCUGCUCUUCACGUCACUCGGGAAGCAUUUCGCGUUCUCGAUGAACAGCACGCUUAAGUUGCCUGGAAAGACUGCUCGUGACGUCACCUACAGUCCGUUCCUCCAGCAUCACAAUUCAUCGCAUCAUCCAAGGCUGAUGGACGGCGUGCGCCGGUGGAUUGGGUCGAACCCUUCUGCGGGUUCUCGGAAUACACACGUCGACCGCGGACACGACCACAAGUCCAAGAAGCAGAAAGUAAGCGUGGAGCCCGAUCCCGAUUCCACGGAAGCGCUCGCCAUGCAGCAUCUUGACCCGUUCGUCUCCGCAGACGAGGAGGCCGAAUACGCAGAAUACAUCGACCAAUGCCAAGAGUUUUUCAACACCGCAGACGACUGGGCGGAGCGCGGAGACAUGGAGAAGUACCAGCAUGCUGUGGCAAUAGCACACGGCGGGAGCGCAUACCUGCAGGAUGCACCGGAGGAUAUGUUUGCUCCAUAUAUCGAGCGUGCCAAUCCGCAACUGGUGGGUGGCGGGCACAGGGACAACCUCACAAUCAUGUACGAGAAGUUCAUCGAGGAGGUUGGGAUGCAUUAG